UACCAUAAAGCAAAAAGGGAAACCCACAACCCUCAAUAUUAUCAAAAUCUCCAAUCCGGCUUACCUUCACUCUUCCUCUUUCAAAGUGAUUUCCAACUGCACAAGCAAAGUAUACCCCAUCGCCAAAUCUUCUUCACCCUCUUCCUGCUGCUGACUCUCACACUGACAUGGCUGAGCUCAAAUUGCUGGUCACCACCACCAUGUUCCUCAUCACAGUCCUAGUAAUGCCGCCGAACUCGGCCACCCUCCACGUCCCCACGUGCCGAUCCUACUGCGGCAACAUCACCGUCGACUACCCCUUCUCGCUACAGCAGGGCUGCGGCCACCCGGGAUUCCGGGACCUCCUCUUUUGCAUCAAUGAUGUCCUCAUGUUCCACAUCUCCUCGGGGUCCUACCGCGUCCUUGACAUCGACUACGCCUACCGUUCCCUCUCCCUCCACGACCCUCACCUGUCCACCUGUGACUCCAUCGUCCUAGGCCGCCGAGGCAACGGCUUCUCUGUCGAGCCCUGGCGCAGCCCCUACAUCUCCGCCUCCCCCGACAACGUCUUCAUGCUCCUCGGCUGCUCCGCUGUCUCCCCACUCUUCCAGCUUCUCUUCUUUCAGGGCUUUGCCGACCGCCACUUGCCGUGCCGGAACGUCUCGGGGAUGGGCUGCGAGGAGUACUACGACUGCCCAGCGUGGGACUGGGUCGGCCGGGGCAAGGCCGGGUCGAGGUUCGGAUCGGGCCCACCAGAGUGCUGCGCGGUGUCGUUCGAGGCGAUCAAGGCCAUCAACUUAACCAAGCUUCAAUGUGAAGGCUAUAGCAGCGCAUACGCUCUUGCCCCGUUGAGGGUCGACGGCCCGCACGAGUGGGCGUACGGCAUACGCGCGACCUACUCGGUGCAAGGGGGCGACGAGUUUUGCGGAGCGUGCGAGGCCACCGGCGGCACGUGCGGGUACAGCGACGUGGACGAUCAUAACGACGAUGGGGUCAAGCAGUUAUGCAUGUGCGGGGGCUCCAAUUCCACCUCCAAUUGCGAUUCAGGUGGGUCAUCAUCAAAUAAAGGAACAUGGUCUCCAUUGAACAUCUUAGCAGGUUUCAUGAUAUGUGCAUCGACCUGGAUAACAUCCCACAAGUAACUAAAGAUCUAUACUCACCCGCAAGAAUGUGAAGGAUAAAUGAGGAUUCUUGACAAUCCUGCUUUGCUUGGAAGAGAGAUUUUUGUUUGCCCUUUUGUUUUGUUUUGUUUUGUUUUGUUUUUU